GGAAAAGAAUGCCCAAAAAUUUGCGACUUCCCAUUUUGGUUAGCUGAGAAAAACACCAUUAAAUACAGACAUCGAUACAGUAACAUACGGAGUGGAGUAUUUACAUGUACGUUGUUUGACACGUCCAUUGCCAUACCAGUCUUGAGCUUCACACGACAUAAAUAAAAACAAUACUUCCCAUUUUCAGAGGAGAGAGAAAAUCACAACUACCAGAGAGAAAGAGAAAGAGAGAGAGAGAGAUGUGGGAAGCAGUGCUUCUAACGUUAGCGGCAACGGCCGGCAACAACAUCGGCAAAGUCCUGCAAAAGAAAGGCACCCUCAUUUUACCCCCUCUUUCUUUCAAGCUCAAGGUGAUCAGGACAUAUGCGUUCAAUAGAGCUUGGGUUGCAGGCUUUCUGAUGGAUAUUGGUGGUGCACUUUUGAUGUUGAGGGCAUUAUCUCUUGCUCCAGUAUCUGUCAUCCAACCUGUUUCUGGAUGUGGACUUGCUAUACUUUCCAUUUUCUCCCAUUUUUACUUGAAGGAGCUUAUGAAUGUUGUAGAUUGGCUGGGAAUCGCAUUGGCUGGCAUUGGUACAAUAGGAAUUGGUGCUGGAGGCGAGGAGCAAAACACUUCUCCUAUCUCUAUCUUCCACCUUCCUUGGCUAGCUUUUUUCGUUGUCAUCGUGUUUGUAAUCCUGAAUGGGUGGCUUCGUAUCUACAGACGACAACGAAGAGAACAAGAAUUGAUGCAAUCUGAAGUUGUUGAGGAAAUAAUAUACGGUCUGGAGUCUGGCAUUCUGUUUGGGAUGGCGGCUGUCAUAUCAAAACUAGGAUUUAUGUUUUUGGAGCAGGGUUUUUCGACGAUGUUUCUUCCACUUAGUGUGGCAAUAAGUAUAUGUUGUAGUGGCACAGGAUUUGUUUACCAGACGAGGGGUUUGAAGCAUGGCAGGGCUAUAGUGGUUUCCACGUGUGCUGCUGUAGCAUCAAUUGUGACAGGUGUACUUGCUGGCAUGUUUGCUUUGGGUGAGCACUUGCCUACUGCUCCAGGAGCCCGUCUCUUGCUGUUGCUUGGAUGGUUACUUAUAAUAUUGGGGGUGAUUAUGUUGGUGAGCUCAACAAGGUUAGUGCGUUUCGUUCCAUGGUCAGUGAAGCGUACUGGGCGAGGUGGGUUGGAGAAGAGCUUCAGUGGGAAGCAACCCGGGUUAGUACGAACGAGGGAUCCAAACCCUAGUGCCGUAAUUCAUACUAACACUUUGCAUCAUUUGUUAACUUCCCCAACAAAGGAGAAGCCAUGAACAACAACAACAACACAGGAACUUCUGUACAUUCUUGAUCUGCUGAUGCCCUUUUUAGCAGAAUGUUAGUGUUAGUCUUGACCGGUACGGUACGAGUAUGUGUUCCCCGGCAUGUAUUUUCAUAUUCCUUUUUGCUGUAAAACUGUAAAAUCUUUUUUUUUGUUUUAAUUUUUUAUUUUAUAGCCCAGAUUUGGAUUUAUCUCAUACUAUGAAGUACGGAGUAUGCAAUUACAGAUUCACAGUUACUACAAAUUCAGAAAAUUAUUACCAAAAGAUAUACAGGUUAUUGGUGAUUUUUUUUGGGAAGACUUUUCAAUGGCUACCAUAAAAUGGUAGUCACCAUAGUAAAAUGAAUCUCAGCCUUUUA